AAGAAAUUCUUACGAAAGAAUCGAAUGUGCAAGAGGUACGUUGCCCCGUCACCGUCUGUGGGGAUGUCCACGGUCAAUUCCACGACCUUAUGGAACUCUUUAGAAUUGGCGGGAAAUCGCCAGACACAAAUUACCUGUUCAUGGGAGACUACGUGGACAGAGGCUAUUACUCGGUGGAAACGGUGACUCUUCUAGUAGCGUUGAAGGUGCGUUACCCAGAACGCAUUACAAUACUGAGGGGCAAUCACGAAAGCAGACAAAUUACACAAGUGUAUGGCUUUUAUGACGAAUGUCUGCGAAAGUAUGGCAACGCCAACGUCUGGAAGUAUUUCACAGACCUGUUUGAUUAUCUUCCGCUUACAGCUCUAGUAGAUGGCCAGAUAUUCUGUCUCCACGGUGGCCUCUCUCCAUCCAUAGAUACACUGGAUCAUAUCAGGGCUCUGGACCGCCUGCAGGAAGUUCCACACGAGGGUCCUAUGUGCGAUCUGUUAUGGUCGGAUCCGGAUGAUCGUGGCGGCUGGGGUAUAUCUCCACGUGGUGCUGGCUACACGUUUGGGCAAGAUAUUUCUGAAACAUUUAACCAUGCCAAUGGUCUCACACUGGUCUCCCGUGCUCACCAACUUGUCAUGGAGGGUUAUAAUUGGUGCCACGACCGAAAUGUGGUCACCAUUUUCAGUGCGCCCAAUUACUGUUACCGUUGUGGGAACCAGGCUGCUAUCAUGGAACUAGAUGACACUUUAAAAUAUUCCUUCCUCCAGUUUGACCCAGCGCCUCGUCGUGGAGAGCCUCAUGUUACCCGUCGUACCCCAGACUACUUCCUAUAAACCUCUCCUAACCUUUGUAGAAGGAAGUACACCUGGCAUUUUAAAGAGCAACAAUAUUUACACGUUUCUGUAAGAAAUCGGGGUUCGUCUCAACUUAAAAUCCCCAUCAUGGACCAAAAUGUGCCAUACAGAGGACGAAGAGCGUGGAGCACAACUUGAGACUGAAUUCCUUACAACACUAUAUAUAUCUCCUAUACCCAUCAGCCCGACAGUCGGUUUGCCUGCUGUAUUUGUAGUCGUCGUUUUUCUUCUGGACUGUUCAGAGAGGAAAAAGUAACUCGAAUAACACUUCCAUCUCCUUUGAUGCUUCUUUGUAAAUUUUUAGUUCUAGUGUUUAACUGGCAUGAAUUAGAGGUUACUUUCGAGGGAAAUGCGCGCUAACUUCUUCCCCCCACCACUCUUUUUUUUAUUUUACUGAACGACCGACCGACUUAACUGGAGAAGGGAAGCAAUUCCUUCUUGGGAGUACGUUGUCAUAACAUGGAAAAAAGCGUUCCCUUUUGAGCUCG